UUUAUAAAAAGUGUCUUAGGCAUGUUAAAGCUAAAUAUAUUCUUACUACCUAAAAUUAUUUAUAACAUAUUAUUUAUCUUUAGCCCGCACGUCUUGCUCUUUAGUAUAUUAUUUUAUAUUUAUAUAUUUAAAGUAACUUAUUUAACCUUAAUAAAAGACCUACGGAGGCUACUUAUUAAG